AUGGCCGACCCCGCCCCAAUUUCCGGCGGCAUGUCCACGACGAGUGGACCCCUGGGAGAUCCAGCGCCGAUGGCCGGCAUCAUGACCGGCCUGGGGUCGGACGAGCCCUUCGGGAACGCGCCCUUCGACGACUCGUUUUUCGACGCCUACCUGCAGCAGCUGGAGCUCAGAGCAUCCAUGCCGGAGCCCAUGCUCACGGCGCCCAUGUCGGCGAACAUGGCCACGGGCCCGCACAGCCUGCGCGUGACAGAGCCCGCCCAUCAGCCCGGCGUCGUGGAGCCCCCCCUAGAUUCCAGCUUUGACCUCGUGGAGAGGUACCUGGUGCCGGGCCUGGACGAGGGCGGCGAUCUGCAGGACCUGGCGUUCGAGGACGAGGAGCUGGAGGACGCCUCGCCGGAGCUGUCGCCCGGCGCCAAGGCCGCCAAGAAGGCCAAGCAGCGGCCGCGGUCGGACAAGCAGCAGGAGCUCAACAAGCAGGCCCAGCAGCGGUACAGGGAGCGGCGGAAGCAGAAGUUCAUGGAGAUGGAGCGGCAGGUGGAGGAACUCACACGGCGGGUGGGGGAGCUGCAGGCCGUGGAGGGCAAGAACAUGGUGAUCACCCGCAGGAACGAGUACCUGGAGAGGCUGGUGAAGAUCCAGCUGGAGGAGAUCAAGAACCUGAAGCGGGAGGUGGCCCUGCAGGCCAGCGAGCUGGAGCACAGCGGCGAACAACGGCCUUCACAUUUGAUCGCGACCGAUCCUGCAAAGCUGCGCGAACAACUCGCCAGCGAUGUUCUGUCACUGGACACAGUGCUGAAGUCCAACGGAGUGGACAGAGGUCCAGCACCAGCCCUACCAGAGCAAGCCCUCAAGUUCUUCAGGAAGAAGGUGCUUGACAUUUGUGACAUUCAUGUGCGGUUGCCAUCAGUGGAGGUCCCUGAGGCUGCAGACAUGAUGUCCCACGCAGCCAAGAGCACCGCAGACGACAAUCCGCAGGUGGAAGAGUGUGUAAGGAACCUUGGGCUGAACAAUGAGCAGACCAGUGUGAUCUUGAAGAUGCGUGAAGAUCAUCUGACCAGGAUGCGACACGUGUACCUGGAUAGGUCUGCCCUGAACAUGAAGGCGAUGGGGCUAAUGCUGCCUCACCCCCUCAGUGAAAAGGAUGGGCCUUUCGAUGCAACUAUAGAUGGAAAGAUCAACUGCCAGCAGCAACGUGGGUAUCACAGGUGCAAGGACGGAGACAAUCAGCUGACCUUGGUGCUCAACGAGAUACGAGAGAAUUUGCUCAGGGAGCAGCACAGCUUCAUGGAGAUGGUGACUCACCUGCUGAGCCACAUACUGGAUCCUGUGCAAGCUGCGCUUGUCCUGGUGGCCAGUCAUCCAAGCACAGUUGAUGCCUUGAUGGUUGCGAACAUCUUGGCUGCACAGCACAGCAGUUAG